AAGGUGCAAACUAAGUCUGCAAAGUGUUUUCCAUGAAAAUAGUUAAAAGUGGCAAUUUGGCUGUCUGGGAGUGCAUAGUGCUGACGUUCACAGGGGCAGGGGCAGAGGAGAAUGUCACUCAGAAGAUACAUGCUCCCUUUCCAUCAGUACUAUUGUGUCCAGCUGAAAACAUUCAAGCAGAAAUUUCCUGGGGAUAUUGUGCCUGCAGUUCUUUGGGAGUCUUGGGCUUGAUGCAUGCUUGGCCUGAACCAAUCUCUCUUCAGGUGUUCUUUGGGAGAAGGAACAUGGAGUCUUAAGGCCUUUGAACAACAAUUAUUGAAUAAUAAAGGCUUACUCUCAGUUCUUUCUAAAAUUAUAUUGGAUGCCACUGUAGGUGGACCUGCUGAUUAGAAGUUGUGCUGGGAUCAAAAUAUCUAGCUUUCGCUCAGUGAUAGAGACUGGGAGGUUUUGUGGUGGAAAUUGCCUUAUAAAUCAGUCUUUGCUUCUGUGAGGGAAUUAUCUUUGAAAGUAUUGCACAGCUGGUAUUUGACACCCAGGUAUUUGGCCCACACUGCAUCAGUUUCCUCCCCCCUCUGUUGGAUGGUGUGUGUCACCAGGUGGGCAUGUAUUGAUACAAGUGGGUUUCGGGAGAAGGUGUUUUUAGAAAUCUCUCAAAUAAUGCAACAGGAUGUGCUCCUUACCCCAGGUUUGGCAGUACUGAAACUAACAAUUCAAAUUGGGUUUUAAAGAACAAUGAACUUAUUGUCCACCUGGUCACAAGAAGAUGAAUAAUAAUGAAAGUUAUUUUGUUGUUUUGUUCUGGGGAAGGAAUUUUCCUGAGCAUCACUAUUAUUUCUUCUGUGAAAUAGGUAUUUCCUGGUCCCCACAAUAGUUUCAGAAGUACCCCUGGGCCCCCAAAGGUGGGAGCCUCUGGUUUCCACAGCAACAUUUUAGCGACUGGGUGCUUUCAUACUUGACCUCCCCCAGCAGAAGUCCAUGCUGUUGUAGCUUGCAGCCAUUGAUCCUCCACGUGCGCAGAGGCAGGAAUAAGGACUUGCCAUUCAGCUCCACUGUAGACACAAUUCCACCUGGCCACCUGAUUAUCAUCAGUUUUAGUAUUUAAGUAUUUGUAUUUAAGAUGGGGAACCAAGGCUAAGAGAUCAUGGCUUGGCUAAGAGUAGAACUAGAUGGUAUGGUAGCACUCACUGGACCUCCCAAGAGCUCAGUUGCUGCUGCUUACUGGGAGGAAAAAAAUCAACACAGCAGUGAUGUUAGUGUGCUGUAAACACACUGAUGGAGCCAAUCCAGAGCUCCUGGUAAUGUGUUUGCCUUGCACCAACUUCUCUUCUUCACAUGGUCUGCUACUGGAGAAGACUAUCUAGUACUAGAGGGCUCUGGCCCUCUGAAUGAUCCUUCUCCCAUCAUCCCUGUCUAUUGGCCAUACUGGCUGGGGCUGCUGGGAGUUGGAGACCCAAAACCAGCUGGAGAGGUACUGGUUGCCAGUCCCAGAUCAAGUUAUUCUGUUGCCAGAAAAAAAUGUAACCUAUGUAAUACUGAACAGAAGGCAAGCAGGUUGACUCCUCCGGCCUCCUUAGCCAUUGGUUAUAGCUGUUGAAAUCACCACUGGUCCAAAUGUGUCAGGAACAGAAGUCAUCCUCCUUAGUAAAAGUUUUAAAUUUCUUUAUUGACAGUGCUUUGAUUUGCACUGCCAGAAACGCCUUCUUAGAAAUGUCUGGAAGAAAAGUAACCUUUACAGUUCCUAAAAAGGGAAAACAGGAAGGAAAUAUCAUAACUCUUCCCCCUUGGUAGAGUUACUCAUUAAGUCAUCACCUUGCCUAUUUGUGGGCACGAUACAUAACAAUACCUGUGAACUUUGCCCUCAUUUCCGGUAGGAGCAUUAGCCACGCAGGCGGGUGUGGUAACGUGGCUCUCGCUAGACCUCCCAAGAGCUGAGUUGCUCCUGCUUACUGGGAGUGGGGAAAGCAACAUGACAGUGAUGUUGGUGUGCUGUAAACACACUGAUGAAGCCAAUCCAGAGCUCCUGGCAAUGGAUUUGCUUUGCACAAAAUUUCCCUCUUCUACAUGGUCUGCUACUGGCUAAAACUAUCUUAGUAAUAGAGGGCUCUCCAUUGAUCCCUGACUGUUGACCAUACAACCUAGAGCUGUUGGGAGUUGGAGACCAAAAACAUCUGGAGAGGUGCUGGUCAGUCUGUUGCCAAAGCAAAAUCUAACGUAUGCAAUACUGAACAGAAGGCAAGCAGGUUGACUUCUCUGGCUCCUUAGGCAGCGGGCAGAGCUGCUGAAACUACCACUGGUUCAAACAUGUUAGGAACAGAAGACAUUCUCCAUAGUAAACAUUUUAAAUUUCUUUAUGGACAGUGCUUUGAUUUGUAGUGGCAGAAAACCCCUUAGAAAUGUCAUGAAGGAAAGUAUCCUUUACUGUUUCACAAAAGUGAAAACAGGAAGGAAAUAUUCUAAUUCAGAAAGCGGCUGUUCUCCACACUCUUCCCCGCCCCCUUGGUACAGUGAGUGAUUAAGUCAUCUCCUUCCUGCAUCUUUGUGGGCGUGAUAUAUAAUAUAUGUAAACUUUGCCCUUAUUUCAGGAACUUUAGCCAAGAGGGCGGGUGUGGCUGCUGUAGCUGUAGCAGAAUGAAGUUUCCCUUGACACAAUGCCGUCUGUGCUGACAUAAGAACACCUAGAAGGGUUUGAAGAUGUUGCUCCAGCUGCUCUCUGUCCUCUGGGAGGCCUUGUCCCUGCAAGUUGUUCUGGUGUUUCUGGCAACAUUUCUACUUAUUGCUGAUUACAAGAAACAGAUUCGCCCAAGGAAUUACCCCCCAGGGCCCAGGCCUCUUCCCUUUCUGGGUAGCACACUACAGCUGGAUUUCAAGAAGCCUCAGAUUUCAGCACGAAAGCUUGCAGAAAAAUAUGGCAAUGUAUUCGGCCUUCAGACUGGAAACAUAAGGAUUGUGGUUGUGAAUGGAUUACACCUGGUGAAAGAGGCUCUUGUCCAUCAGGGAGAAUAUUUUGUAGAUCGACCAAAAUCCCCUGUUCUUGAUAAGAUAUUUGGGUCACUUGGACUGGUCUUCUCUAAUGGUCUCAUCUGGAAACAUCAAAGACGGUUUGCCUUAUCAACACUCAGAAACUUUGGUUUGGGCAAAAGGUCUUUAGAAGAAAGAAUACAGGAAGAAAGCCGUUACUUAAAGGAAGCAAUAGAAGCUGAGAAAGGGCAGCCAUUUGACCCUCACUUUCAGAUUAAUAAUGCUGUUUCAAAUAUCAUCUGUUCCAUCACUUUUGGGGACCGCUUUGAUUACCAUGACAGCCGUUUCCAGAAGCUACUGCACUUGCUCGAUGAGGCAUUGCUUCUUCAGGGAAGUGUUUGGAGUAUGAUGUAUGAUCUCUUUCCCUAUGUCAUGAAAUACCUGCCGGGGCCACAUCACACACUUUUUAAAAAAUGGGGGCAGCUGAAAUACUUUGUGAGAGAAAUCAUUGAAAAACACAAAGAAGACUGGAACCCAUCUGAACACAGAGACUUCAUUGAUGCCUACCUAAAUGAAAUGGCCAAGGAGGAUUCUGUUUCCAAUUUCCAUGAAGAAAACCUUCUACAUUCAGCACUGGAUCUGUUUCUUGCUGGAACGGAAACAACUUCUACAACCCUGCGUUGGGGUUUGCUGUAUAUGGCCAUUUAUCCAGAUAUUCAAGCAAAAGUCCAAGCGGAAAUAGAUUCUGUGAUUGGCCAGUCUCGCCAGCCAUCGAUGGAUGACAGGGACAGAAUGCCAUACACCAAUGCAGUUGUUCAUGAAAUUCAAAGAAUAAGCAACAUUAUACCUUUGAAUGUGCCUCGGUUGACAACAAAGGACACUACACUGGCUGGGUUUCAUAUUCCCAAAGACACUAUAUUACUUACCAACUUGACCUCACUGCUCUUUGAUGAGGAUGAGUGGGAAACACCCAAUGUGUUCAAUCCUGGUCAUUUCCUAGAGAAUGGUCAGUUCAGGAAAAGGGAAGCGUUCCUGCCAUUCUCUGCAGGAAAGCGAGCCUGUUUGGGAGAGCAGUUGGCGAGGACUGAGCUCUUCAUUUUCUUCACUGCCCUAAUUCAGAAGUUCACUUUCCAGGCUCCAAAGAAUGAGACAUUAAGCCGUGAAUUUAGGAUAGGUUUGACCGUGUCUCCCCUGCCAUACCGGAUAUGUGCAUUCUCUCGCUAAGGGGACUUACUUUAUGUCAUUGCCGUUUCUUUAAAAAGUAGGAUCAGUUUAUGGUGCAGGAACAGAUCUAUGGUUUAAUCCUAAUUGUGUUUAGCCAGAGUUCAGUAGGGCUUAACCCAGGUGAGCAGGAUUGGGACUGCAGCAUGUUCCUUUAAAGCAGAGAUUUCCACACUUUUUAGACACGCAUCAUUUCGCGACACAAUUAUUCAGUUUUAAUAGCAAACCAGAGGUUAAACUAACCCCUUAUAAGAGAUACGGACAUAUAUCAUGCAACACCCCUGAACACUGCAGUCGACACACUAAUGAUGACACAUGCUUUGGAAAGCUCUGUUUUGAAGCCUAUUCAAAGCACAUUUGCCCCCUCAAAAAAUUUGGGCAACUAAGGUUUAUAGAUACUUGGAAUUGAAGCUCUCUGAAGGAUAAAUUCAGUUUCCGAGAAUUCUUGACAGAAUGUGUGUAUGCAGAUCAUAAUGAUACAUUGAUGUGGAUCCAAAUUUCAUCCUCCCACUUCUUGUUCCAGGGUGUAUGUCUACCCACCAUCCCAUUAUUUUCAAAAAAUAAUAAUAAUGUCCUGGCUGUGGUGAAGAAAAGGCAUUCCUUUGUUUGUAGGAAUCUGUGUGCUUACGACUCAAGAUAAAACCCUAAUGUAUUUCCUUCCUUUGUUUAUAAAAUAAAAAAAAUGUUGCUUGGAAAUUUUUGUUACAUAACCAGUUCAUAGAACCAUAGACUCAUCGAAUUUUGCAAGGGACCCCAAGUGUAUUCUAUUUCAAACCCCUGCAAUGCAGGUAUCUUUUGCCCAAUAUUGAGCUUGAACCCAUGAACCUGAGGUUCUUGCAGUUGUGUAUUGGUGGCCCCAAGCCCAAGGCAAAUCUUACAGUAAAUGUGCUUAUAAAUACAGUAAAAUUGAUGGGUUUAACUCUUGAAUGUUGCCUAGGUUUUAUUAUUUUUCAAAAACAUUAUUGUUGUGCUUUAAUAUACAGUGGUACCUUGGGUUACAUACGCUUCAGGUUACAGACUCCGCUAACCCAGAAAUAGUGCUUCAGGUUAAGAACUUUGC